AUGUCACUCGUGCAACGCACUCCGCCACCUGUGUCCGAGAGUGGAUUACUACAAGUACAAUCCGAGCCCGAUAUGGUGAGUGCCAUGCGUUACGAGGAUGAAAUUGAAACCUCCAACGUUUCUACACGCAAAAAGCGCCCACGUCUUGAUGGAUCACCAUUAGACGAAUAUUCUAGGCUGAAAAAAGAUAUUCAACAGAUGUUUAAGAACUGGGCAGCUGAACAAGACUUAAAAUUUUCGAAAUUGAUAACCGAAAUUUCCGAUUUGAAACAGCAAAAUAGCGUUAUACAAGAGACUAAUUUGGAGAUACGCAAAUUUAUGACAUUUGCCUCCACAGAAUAUGAUGAUAUGAGAAAAAAGAUAGCAAAAUUAGAAAAAGAACGUUCCGAGUACACUGAAAAUUUAAUGAAAAUGGAAAGAAAAAUACUCGAUCUACAGGUUAAGUCCCGCACGGCAUCAAUAGAAUUUAGAAAUAUCCCUAUGCAAGAAAGGGAGACGACCGAUGACCUGCUUUCCAUAGUAAGCAGCGUAUGUAAUGCUCUGCAUAUUCCCAUCAAACACGAUGAAGUGCGGGAUGUUUACCGUCUACCGGGUAAACCUGGAACGAAUAAAACUAUCGUGGCCGAAUUUGUAACGGUGCGCGGCAAAAAUAAUAUUUUGUCAGCGGCUAGAAAUUUCAAUAAAAAAGAAACCUACCGAAGAAAAACUUAA